AUGGAUUGUACUUUUGCUACAAUGCAGAAUACUAAACGAACUGCUAAUUAUUCCCUUGAUGAACUUGAAACGAUUGUAUAUCAUAUGGAAUUGCGACCUGAUUUAGUUUCUGGAAAAUUAGGCGCAGAGUACAAGACAAUCGCUGAACAAAAACAAGCUUGGCAAGAAAUUGCGGACGCUGUAAACGCAAUAAGGUUUUUUAAUGCCAUUUGGGGCGUGGAGAGUUGCUCUGAAGAAUUCCAGGGAAAUGGCCAUCCUUUUUGGAGGGAUGGUAACCUUUGUGGUACAGAUCAAGUAAGAAAUUUCCUUGAGAUUAAAAAAAAAUGGCAAGAUUUUAAAUACAGAGUGAAGUCUAAAGUUGAAAAAAUAACACAAAACGAAGCUAUUGCCGAGGAUGGAACCCCUUUACAUUUCAGAUUAACCCCAUUGGAGGAGAGAGUUCUCACACUCCUAGCAACAGCUGCUCCUUCAAGUUUAACUGGUUUAAGUUUGGAUUCAUUAUUGCAAAAAGCACAGAAUGAAAAAGAUUUAGGUGAUGAAGAAGAGGAUCAUCACCAGACAAACAAUGUUGAAGAAAGUAACGUAAAAGAUUUAAUUCCACUUUUGAAUUCCGAGAAACAGAAGAAUCAAGCAAGCUCAACAGAAAAUGAUCCAAAUGCCAUUCCAAGAACAUCAAGCACUGAAAGAGUGAGACGUUAUCGAAAGAGAAAAGCCAUGAUGAAUGGAAUUUUGCAGUCAAAUUUCAGUUCUCAGAAUGUUUUGGUUGAAGAGAUAAAAGAACUGAAAAAUGAAAUUAAAAAACUAAGAGAGUGUGUUCAAGAUUUAGUCAAUCUUAAGAAAACAAGUCUAGAAUUAAAAUGCUUAAAAUAUGGUGUGCAAAUUGAAGAUUUAUAACAAUUCUUACAUUAUCGCAAUACUUAUGUCGUUAUAAGUAAUUUGAAAGAGUGAGGAAAUUUCACAAAUCUUGUUUUAACCAUUGUGUUUACCUGUAUAUAUGUAUGUAUGUUUUAAAUUUCA